AUGACCCUGGAAGACCAUCAUAGUUCUUUCAUAGAGUGCUUGCCCAUCCUAGGCAAUAUCAUACUCAAUCAUGUAUCUAUCAUCGACAGUCUGGGGCAUUUUCCCUUUUUGAACAGAGAAAAGUAG